AUGCUGCGCAGCCUCGCACCGGAAGGAGUUGAGGUGCAGGAAACCGGCUGCUUGGGGCCAUGCUCAUCUGGGCCGAACGUCCUGGCAACUCCUUUGCCUGCGAAUGAGCCGAUGGGCGGCAAGGCCCGUGACGCCAAGCCCGCGACAAGCCAGCCCGCAGGCGUGUGCUUCACAGGCAUGAAAUCAGAAGAAGAUGUGGCUUUGCUGUCGCCUUGGGGCUUCGAAGUAGCAGCUGCAUCGAACCCUUUGUCGUUUCUGCGGCUGCUGGUGCGCUCUACUGGGUUAGACCAGGUGCCUUGGCCUAUUUUGCUGUACGUGGGCUUCAAUGUCAUCAGGCUUCCUGUGAACAUUUUUUUUCACGUGGACUUGUUGCAGGUGAUCGGCGAAGCCGUGAAGCCAUGA